UUCUAUAUAUUCCAACCCUAUCUUCUGCCGUUAUCUAUCUAUUAUUAUUCAAAGCCAAUAAUUUCUCAAAUAUCAAGUUAUGACGAGUUUGCACUUUGCAGAGAUGGAAAAGAAAGAGAGAAAGAUCAUGGUGGCUGUGGAUGAGAGCCAAGAGAGCAUGCAUGCACUCUCCUGGUGCAUCACCAAUCUUAUUUCCGAAACCAACAAGCUUGUUCUGCUUUAUGUCAGACCACCUUCUGCUUUCUACUCCUUGGAUGCCGCAGGGUAUAACUUUUCCUCCGAUGUUGUUGAUGCUAUGGAAAAGUACAGUAUGCACUUGGCUAAUUCAGUCAUGGAAAGAGCUGAAGCUGUUUGCAGAGACUUGAACGCUACUAAUAUCAAUAUGGAGAGAGUGGUUGGUGUAGGACAUGCCAAGAAUGUAAUAUGCAGUGCUGUCAAGAAACUAGAGGCUGACACCUUGGUCAUGGGAACUCAUGGCUAUGGAUUCUUUAAGAGGGCACUCCUUGGAAGUGUCAGUGAUCACUGUGCCAAACAUGCAAAGUGCCCUGUUGUAAUCGUGAAGCAGCCAUAAGAGAUCAAUUUGGUUUCCUUUUCUCAUCACGUACCUUCUUAGUGGUUGGAUUAGAUUCUCUGGAAGCAGCUUCCAUUUCACUACUACACAAGCACCCUCUUGUUGCCUACAAUUUGUGUAUAUAUGUUGCAUUUCUUUUUUCUUGUUGAAUCAUGAUAGAGAGGUAGUAUCCCAAAGGUUGGAAAUCAUGAAUAUUGAUACAAACCACGUGCUUCUGCCAAAUAAAUUAGGUAUUUAGGUUUACCCAAACUCAAAAAACCACUGGCACAAAGAUGACUAUAAAUCUUCUGAUUUAACCCACCCUUUAA